CUGUUUGCAAGAUAGUGACAUGAAUUAUAAAAAGAAAAUAAUUUUUUUCUUGUUCUUUUUGAUUGGUUCAAUAGCAGCUUGGGACUAUAAAGACGUUGAAUCAUGGAAAGACGAAUUUCCACAAUGUGGUGGGAAACAACAAUCUCCCAUAAACCUUGAUCAAAUAGAUCUAUUCGAUGACGUAGCAGAAGAAUUAAACCUUCAGAGUUAUCACAUUAAACCUGUGAAAAUGGCAUUAUCGAAUAACGGACAUACAUUGGAAUUGAAACCAGAAUGGGAUGACGCAUUCGGUCCACCCACUAUUACAGUACAAGGUAUUGAAUAUCAACUUCAAUCAUUGCACUUUCAUUGGGGUCUGAGUAAUGAUAAUGGAAGUGAACACAUUUUUGUUCAUGAUUUAAGAACAUCAUUAGAAAUGCAUAUUGUUCAUUACAAUCCUGAAUUCGGUGAUUUUGAUAACAAAAACGGAGACGCAAUACUUGUCGUUGGAAUAAUAUUUGAAAUAGGAAAAUAUUCAAAUGCUUUGUGGGAAAUAUUAGACAAUGCUUACCAAGUCCAAGAGCCAGAAUCUGCAGUCGUUGAAAUAGAACCAUUUCCAAUUUCAGACUUUCUCAAUGAAAAUUCAUUUAAUUAUUACAUUUCUUACAAUGGAUCUUUAACAACACCGCCAUGCAGUGAAGGUGUUACAUGGAUUGUAUUAAUUCCGUUAAUGGAAGUUUCUGCCUUACAGAUGGAAGUCUUUCGAUCCAUAAAAUUAAACCAUGAGGAUGAUCACAAUAAUCGUCCUGUUCAACCAAUCAACGAUCGAACACCAGGAAAAAUCGGUUUCUUGAUCUAUAAAGAAAACUCGUUUGUAAACUGAAAUGCGUGGUUUUUCUUCCUACCUAAAUUUACAUGAAUAAAAAUUAAUUUUUGAGAUCGUUGAAAAAAAAAACAUUCCCAG